GGUGUUGUCACUCUUCUCCCUCGCUGACAACAGAGACAAGAUACCAUGACGAUGAUGCUGACGCUGACGCUGCUGGGGUGCUGUAUCUCAACCACAGCUGCAGUAAAGUUCUGGAGCUCAGGAAACCCACUGAUUAACAACAUGUGGCGAAACGGAUGGAAUAUACACCAAGACACUUACAUCGGGGGCGAUUCAGUUUCCGUAUCUCCCAACCCCGAUGGUAAAAACAACAAAGUUUACGACAUCUCCUUCUCCCAAGGUUCAUACGCCAUGACAGGUCCGAACAGCGGCCUACAGUUCUACGCCAGCCCAGUGGCACCCAGGGAAUGCGUCACCCUCCAAUACAAGGUCCUGUUUCCAACAGGGUUCGACUUCGCCUACGGUGGAAAGUUGCCGGGUCUGUACGGAGGUGGGGUCAACUGUACGGCUGGGGGUGACCCCGGCAAGGACUGCUUCACCUCCCGCCUCAUCUGGAGAACAGCGGGCAUGGGAGGGAUCAGUCUCUUUGCCCCCGAUGUCACCCAGCAGGAAGGAUUCUGUAGCUCACCUGAAGUCGAUUGUAAUCAAGACUGGGGACACAAGACUGGGGGGAACAGCUUCUAUUUCGACUACAAUACGUGGUACACCUUGAUGAUGACCGUCCGACUGAACACCCCCGGGCAGGCUGACGGCUACAUCAGGCUCUCGGCGAACGGCCUCGGUAAGCUGUUUGACGUCACUGGGGUCACUAUGAGGAAUGCUGCUGAUGUUCAAAUCGACGGCAUCAUAUUUUCGUCUUUCUUCGGUGGCAAUUCGGCAUGUUCCGCCAGUCCUGUCGACCAGAAUGCCUAUGUCAGGCUGUUCCUCCUCAAAGAUACCUACUGUUAGAAUAUAAAUGAGAAAUCAGACCGAUUGAUUUUUUUUUUUCAUGUAAAAUCUCAAAUUAUAGGGCUCUGUAUUGAACUAUCAUGAAAAUAAAGUAAACUUAAGCUCGA